AUGGUUCUGCUGGGAGGGUUAGAGCUGGUAGCCGCCGGCUAUCUGAUCAACAAACACCAGAAGACCAAACGAGAAAGACGGCGUCUGGAAGAUGAACGGGCUGCCCUCGAGGAGGAACAAUAUCGCCUUUUCCCACCUGAGAGCCACCAUUCGCGCCGACGCCACCGCUCCAACAGCGAGAGGAGAGACUCGCACGAUAGGAAGCAUAGCCGUGACGACCAUAGACCAGCCUCGACGUCGCCAGUGCCGCCUAGAUAUAAUACACAUUCCGCCUCCUUACAACCGAUCUCUCCUCGUCCGGCGCCACACCUCAAGCCCUCUCAUUCGGCACCGCAACAUAUGUCUCCCCACCCGAUACCGCAACAUCUGCCUCCCCAGCCGGUACCACAACAUACUCCCCCAUAUCCAGCAUCACAGCCUAUGCAACAGCCAGUCGCCCGCCCCCCGACGCAUCCGCAAGAUGUAAAAUACGGCUGGUCUGAUGCGGGCUCCUCAUCCUCGCAGCAGGAUCCGUCAUAUCCACCGACAGGCUGGCCAGCACACUGGGAGCAGUCGCAGAAGCCGGAAAAUAUUGGUCGUGGGUCUAAUCGCUCCCAGGCCCAGUACCAGGCCGCAGGGUCAUCGAGAGGCAGGUCGCCAGCACGCCGCAACGAGGGUUCGAGCUCGCGCGUUAGAUUUGCGGUGCCCGAGAAUGCGCCCCAACCUGGCGAACGCUCCCGGAGUAGGUCGCCACCUCCUCGAUACCGGCCAUGA